AUGAUUGGUUAUUUAACGGAUAUUUUACAUCGCCUCUAUUAUUUCUUGUUCGAUCGGUUAAUAUUAUAUCCACUACUAAGCCUGCUGAGUGAUAAGAUUAGUAUACGAUUCAUGAAUCUCGGAUACCAGUGCAAGAAAGAUGAAGAAUAUCCAGUCCUGCAAAAAUUAUCCGAAAUGGACAACUGCUGCAUAGCCAAUAUUGCACUUUAUGAAAAAGCAUUAAGCCUAUGCCCGAAAUAUCCUAAUUUUGCCGGAUUACGAUUGCUUGAAGUUGGUUGCGGCCAAGGUGGUGGCAUCGAAUGGAUUUUAAGAUCGCAUUCAUUCGCAGUUGUGAAUGGAGUUGACCCGGUCACUGUGGAUUCAUGUUCUGGAAGAAUUGUUACAGGAAAUGCGGAAAAAUUGCCAUUUGUCAAUGAUUCAUUUGACAUCAUAAUAAAUAUCGAAAGCAGCCAUUUGUACGACAGUUGUCAACAGUUUUUCCUGGAAUGUUCCAGAGUUUUAUGUGAGAAAGGAUUUUUGUGUUGGGCUGAUCUUCGCUAUACUCAUCAGUUGAAAAUGACUAUGAUUCAAGCACAAAAAUCCGGCCUACACCUGAUUAGGACAGACGAUAUCACAGAACAAGUGUUGCAAGCUAUUGAAUCAACAGCAGCAAGAUACGAUGCAAUGUUUCAAAAUGCACCAUAUCUCACUCGUCUUUUUCAAAACUCUAUUCGGACGACAUACUGCGCGCCAGGAACAAGAAGUUACAAACGCCUUUUGAAACGUGAAAAAAUGUACGUUUGUGCAUGCUGGCAAAAUUACAAAAGAAUUAGAAAACUUGAUUAA